AUGCCGCGCAAGCCUCACGCCCCCAGAAAUCAUGACCUCGUCAGGGGUAUCUCGCGCUACUCCCGCAGCGCCAUGUUCCGCCGCAGCGGCAAGGCUGCCGUGAAGAAGUCGGGCCACCAAUGGAAGGAUGUUGCCGCCACCAAGAAGGCCCCCAAGAGCGUCGAGAAGACGUUCAACAAGACCGAGAAGAGGACCGUGGUCGCCAAGGCCAAGCGCUUCUACCCGGCUGAGGAUGUCCCCAGGCCCAUCCCCUCGAGGAAGAGCCACCACAAGCCCGCCAAGCUGAGGUCCUCGAUCACCCCCGGCACCGUCCUGAUCGUCCUCUCCGGCCGCUUCAGGGGUAAGCGCGUGAUCUUCCUCAAGCAGCUCCAGCCCUCUGGCCUUCUCCUCGUCACUGGCCCCUUCAAGGUCAACGGUGUGCCCCUCCGCCGCAUCAACCAGGCCUACACCAUCGCCACCUCGACCAAGGUCGAUAUCUCCGGCCUGGAGGUGCCCGAGAAGUUCAACGAUGCCUACUUCAAGAAGGGUAAGGCUGCCAAGAAGGAGAAGACUGAGGACGAGUUCUUCGCCACUGGUGCCCAGCAGAAGAAGACCAUCGAUGCCCACAGGAUCGCCGAUCAGAAGGAGUUCGACGCUAAGGUGCUCGAAGUUGUCGGCAAGGUCCCCAACCUGGCUGCUUACCUCAACGCCAAGUUCUCGCUCACCAAGGGUCAGUUCCCUCACCUCAUCAAGUUCUAA